GGUCACGAUGUUUAGUGAAUGUGGUGCGGUGCUUCAUGGCGAGUACAUGUCGCAUGAUGGAAAGCCACUCUGUAUACGGGACUACAAUGAAAAGCAUGGUGUUAAAUGUUAUGAAUGCCAUAAGUUCAUCGCCGGGAAAGUCUUGCAGGCAGGCGGGUAUAAAUUUCAUCCAACUUGUGCGAGGUGUUCUCGAUGUGGUUUACACUUUGGUGAUGGUGAGGAAAUGUACAUGCAAGGAGACGAGAUAUGGCAUCCGUCCUGUGAACACUCUCGCACUACUGAAAACAUAGCGCCAUCAGCGAAGAGCACAACGCUUUCUUCCCGAAAUGAGCCGAAGUAUCAGUCAGCUUUUGGCCAACAUCUCACAUAUAUGUAUCUAUUACCCGAAGCUGAGCAAACUUAUCUUCGUCACCCCAUCACAAAUCCGAAAGAGCCAAAUGCUCCGCAGUUUCAUGUACCGCAAGGUAAUGUGUACUCCAUGAAUUUGUUGGGGUCGAAUUACGUAACAUCAUUUGCAGGACCUAUCAAAAUUAGAAAGUCUCGUCUUUCCAUGCUCAAAACAGGAAUGCAGCGACUUACGGAGGAUCUCGAAAAGAAUGUUCCUCGCCCGAAAUCACCUCACAUGGAUAAUGAGGAACCGAUCGAAAUGGCCCAUUACCCUGCCGGUCACGCGCCUGAUCCUGAUAAGCUUCCUGCAAUAGAGCGAGACGAUUUUCCUGCUCCACCGUAUCCGUAUGCUGUCGAAGGUGAUCGCUUUUUACUUAGUGUUACUUUCUAAGG